GGCGAUGCUGUUGGUGUGACGUAUAAUGUAGUGGACGGAACGCUUCUUUCAUCAGCAGCAACAGUUAGUCAGACACCUCGGUAGCUUGAUAGACAAAAUAGACGAACCAAUAAAGCUCUUUAGACGCUUUAGUGUAUAUUAGCCACUGUUUUUUAAACACACUUCUGUCGUCUAGUUAGUUAUCCCAUUUAAUUUCAUAUUUACGGUGUUGUUAUUAGUCAGCUAGCGGGCUGGUUAAGUUAGCAUUAGCCUAGCUAGCUAACAUCUCCGACCAUGAGUUCACUAAACUACUCUCCUCCUGCUAAAGAAGAGGCGGUCUGCUGGACGGAGGAAAAGGGUCUCGUCAAAGAGGAGGAGGAAGAAGAAGCUGUUACAGUAAAAAGAGAAGUAGAGGGUGAAGCUGUUAUAGUGAAAGAAGAGAAAGACGUUUCAGUGAAAGAAGAAGAAGACGCGUUCAGAGUGAAAGAGGAGGAGGAGGAGAUGACUGUUACAUCGAAAAGGGAGGAGGAGGAAACUGGAUAUCUGGGCCCCGUUUCCCAAAGUUCCCUUAAGGCAUCCAAUGGUUCUAAAGAUGAAGUUAGCCGUGAAAUGCUUUUGGGAAACCGGGGCCUGAUAAACACUAGAGAAGGAUGUGACUAUCGUGGAUCCUCUGGGGAGCCUCAACAACAGCAUGAUGCUGACGAGACAGAGAAGAGUCUCUCCACAUCAGAACACCUCAAACACCAGCGGAGACACACAGGAAAGAAACCUCACCGCUGCUCUGACUGUGGGAAGAGAUUCCCCUCUUCAGCUGACCUUAAAAGACAUCUGAGAAUCCACACGGGAGAGAAACCUAAUAGUUGUGAUCAAUGUGGGAAGAGUUUUAGUGUUACAAGCAGCCUGAAAGCACACCAGAGAACACACACAGGAGAGAAACCUUACAGCUGUUAUCAGUGUGGGAAAAGUUUUACCUCAUCUAGCCACCUGACCAUACACCAGAAAACACACACAGGAGAGAAGCCUUAUAGCUGUGAUCAAUGUGGGAAGAGUUUUGUUACAUCUAGCUGUCUGACCAUACACCAGAGAAUACACACCGGUGAGAAACCUUACCACUGCUCUCACUGUGGAAAGAGUUUUGUUAUCUCAGGAAAUUUAACAUCACACCAGAGAACACACACAGGAGAGAAGCCUUAUAGGUGUAAUCAAUGUGGGAAGAAUUUUUCUCACUCAGGCAACCUGAUAGCACACCUGAGAAUACACACUGGAGAGAAACCUCAUUGCUGCUCUGACUGUGGGCAGAGAUUCAUCUUUUUAGCAGAUCUUAAAAUACAUCAGAGAAUCCACACAGGAGAAAAACCUUACCACUGCUCUGACUGUGGAAAGAGUUUUGUUUCAUCAAAACAUUUAAAAUCACACCAGAGAACACACACAGGAGAGAAGCCUUAUAGCUGUGAUCAAUGUGGGAAGAGUUUUAGUGUUACAAGCAGCCUGAAAACACAUCAGAGGGGACACACAGGAGAGAAACCUUAUAGCUGUGAUCAAUGUGGGAAGAGUUUUGUUACAUCUAGCAGUCUGACUAUGCACCAGCGGACACACACAGGAGAGAAACCUCAUCGCUGUAGUCAAUGUGAUAUGAGAUACUCUGAUAAAAGAUCUCUGAUUAAACACCAGAAAAUACAUGGAGUUGUUUCAUGAUAUCAAUGA